ACGAGAUGUGAAGUCGUACGUGUUGAUAUCUGAAUCAACAGUUGAAAGGAAAUUAUUUUGUAGUUUUUCUUUAUUUCGAAGAGCAUGAGUAAAUUUUUAGAGUUGAAUUUUGUUUUUGGAAUUAUUGUUUUUUUCAUCAAAUCAUCCAGGGUAUUAUCGUAUGAUAUUAUCGAUCAAAACCAAGUUCUCUUAGAACUAUUAAGCCCACAAGAAAAUCCUUCUAUUCAUGUUCAAGCUUUACGAAGAGAAUUAUUGAAAAAAGUACAAGAGGCUCUGGAGAAACUCGACGAUGAAGAAGAUUAUCAGAAAGCCCGUGAGGCGUUAGCCAGGUGGAACAGUCUUCCCGAACAAAAAAGAAACUUGCAGUCUUUGGCGAAGAACGGCUACAUCAGGACGAUACCGGACGAAGAGCCUGAUCAAUAUAAGAGAAGUUUAGCUAAAAUGACAAUAAAUGAACAGCUUACGCAACAAUUGGAAGAGCAGAAGCGUGGUUUAGAGUCUUUAGCAAGAAAUGGUGAUUUACGCUACAGGAAAGAACAAGAACUGAAUAACUUUUCAAAUAAAAGGCAUAUCAGUAGUUUGGCUAGGAAUUUCGAACUGCCGCAAUCGGGAAAACGAUCUUUGAGUAGCCUAGCAAAAUCUGGAGACCUUUAUAAACAUUCACAAUAUAAAAGAAACGCUGAAACAUCAAUCCCUAAUACAGGCAGUAAACAAUCUUCGAACAAUCCAAUCGGUUACAAAGAACCAUUGUCGGAAAAUAAAAAAAUUUCGGACGAUUCUAAAAGAAGCAAAAGACAAGUGGAUUAUUAUUACGACAAUGGCAACGAGAAUUAUUUACCCGUGUAUCAAAACGCUUACGAUUAUGAUGAUUUGAUGCAGGAUGUGCACGACGCGGAUCCGGAUGUUUCUAAAAGAUUUUUAGGAUCGGUAGCAAAAAGCGGAUGGUUUCGACCAUCAUCAUCGUCGUCGUCGUCGUCCUCAAUGAGCUCAAAAUAUUUGAAUCCGGAUAAACGUCAUAUAGGGUCAUUAGCACGAUUAGGCUGGUUGCCAUCUUUCCGCCAUAUUAGGAGAUUUAAUAGAUCCGGUCGAUCCGCAAGCGAAAUCAACACUUGCAGGGAGACUUCCCCAGAUGGGGAAACCGAAGUCGACGGCCACUCCGACGACGCAUCGGUAUUAUUAAGGCCCCUUAGAAGACUACAUCGAUUACCAGAAGAAAACGGUUUUAUCAGAAGAGUUUUCUACCAUCCCCUUACGACCAAAUAUUAAUAAUGUUAAAUAACAGUAAUAGUUGAUAGACUGCAUUUGGUUAAUACGAAUCACGUGAUAAGAUAUUAUAAAAAUUAUUUUGAAAAACUGUUGUACCUCCAAAUAUUUCUUUCUUAUUCCUUCGUAGGAUUCUCCCUUUCGAAAAUUAAUUAUUCUGGUUUUCUUUACGUUUCGAUAUUUUUCAAAAAUAGUUUAACUUGUUGUUACUAAAAUAUUAAAUUAAGCAAAUCGAAACCAAACUAUAAAACUACUCAUAAAAAACAAUCACCCUCUCGUUUUAGAAUUUGUCUAUUGGUAUAUUCAUGUCAUAGCGAUCCAAGGUUGGUAAAGAAUAGGUUGCCCCAUAAAGAGAUAAUGACUGUUGAAAAGGAGAAGCUAUUACGUCACUUGCUGGAAGCAAUCCGAAGUAUAAGCAAUGCUUACGUUUGAUUUUUGCCAUUUAUAGUUAGCUUUAUAUCCGCUUUUUUGGUUGAUUUUUUAUAGUAAAGUUAUAUUUUUCAUAAAUAAUUCAUGUAUAAAUUAUUUUAGAAAACUAAAUCUAGAUUAAGAAAACUUUUUUGUGUAUAUAUAUAUUAUAUAUAUUAAUAUAUAUUAAAAAGAUAUAUUUCUUGAAUGAUUAUGAGCAUGUAUCCUCGUUAUACUAUUGGGUAUUUUAGAAGAAUUUUUCUUCAUGAUUUUAAAUAUAUUUAGUGUUAUAUUUAUCCUCAAAAACGGCCAUACAAAUCGACAAGAACCAGGCCAUUUCUAUGUUCUCGUCUGUCGGCUUUCUACAGAUGACGUCUCGCAUAGAUCGGACGUUAUUGGGUAACCUAUCCUCUAACAACCUUGAUAAGGAUUGACAUGCGCUUACGUUACCUAAUUGGCAUGCGCAAAAAUUAUUUUGUUACCUCAAACCUAAAGUUUUUGUUUCUUUAUUUUCAUAUUUAUUUACUGUGUAGAAUUACGUUUUAAAUAAUCGUCCUCAAUACCGCGAAGCUUUCAAUAAAGUAGAGAUGUAAAAUUUAUGACGACUACAUUCGUCAAUCUGUUCACAACGUCUAUAUCUUCAAAAGAUAUCUUUUAACGGUUAUAUACACGGUUGGAUCCUUUUUUAACUUGCCGGUGAUAGAAGACUAUAUUUAAUAUAAAAAUUCUGUUGUAUUGACAACAUAAUGAAAUCUUGAGUUUAUUGACCUUGAUCUUGUAUUGUAUUGGUGAGUAGUUUUAUUAUUUUGUACUCAGUAUAAUUAAUGACCAUGUUUAUAUAUUACAUUAUUAAUAAACUAUUUUGAUUUGAUUAACGAUACCAAAAAAAUUAUUACGAUCAUUAUUUCCAAUAAAAACUUGAAUAUGAUUUUUUCGUAGUUGUUAAAAAUAAUAAGAAAUACAUUUGAACUUAUUAAUCGUGGUUCCUUUAUCUGAGACUGAAAUUUGAUUUGAACACAAACUAUUUUAUUGUUUGUUACUGGUCCAUCUCGAUAUUAUUUUUUAGAGACUGUUAUUAGUUCAAAUCAAAAUAUUUGUAAUAAAUUAAUUUCCAUCAUGUGUUCUAAUAACAUAUCCUACAUGGAAAUAGUACAGUAUUUGUCAACAUCUGAAUUCUAAGUGAUUUCAAAUGCAUAUAAAAAAUUAUAGUUUUAAUAUUGACGUAUGUUGUAACGUUUUACCUAAUUUUGGAUUUUAUAUAAUUAUGAUUUUAUUUGCUUCAAUAGCAUACCUAAAUCUAAUGAUUUACAUCAUAAAUCAACCACAUCAUUUACAUCAAUCGGGAAUAUUCGAUAAAAUCAUCAAUCUCGAAAGUUCAUUUAGGUUAUGACUCAGUUUACUUCGUUAGCUGGUUGCGUGUAGUUCGAAGCGUGAAAUAAAAGAUAUGCUUUUAUUUACACAGUUCAUAAUAUUUUUUCGAGUUACUUGGAAUUUAGAGGACGAUUUCCUUGGAUGUUACCAUAUCGAAAAUCUAUCUAUCAACUAUAAAACAGUAUGCUGGAAUAUGAAAAGUACCAUAUAUUGCCCAUGUUUUAAUAGGUAAAUAACAUAUAAUCACAAUAAUUAUUAUAUUUGACAAGUUAUUUACCUUUUUAAGGUACAUCAGUGUAAGAGAUGUUAUUUUUCUGUUUCACUAAACUGUUAUAUUUACUGAGUACAAUUACUCCAAUCAAGAAUAUCAUCAUCAUACAUAUAUUUCCAGUGGUAACUCGUUGAGGAUGAUAAAUUAAGAAAUAGUUACAAGACUAUCAAAAAAUUUACAAAUCGAUAUUUCUAACUUUUUUUUUCAUACAUUAUCAAUUUUAUUUUUGUAAUGAAAACGUUUUUUCAAAAAGUUUGGGGUUAGUUAUCCCUAACAGUUACCACUGACUUUUAUUAAUCUAGUUUAAGGCCAAUUUAUAUAUUUUAUUCGUAUUUAAGAUGUAGAAAUGUAGCUUUGAACAUUUUGGGCUGGAAAUAUUUACGAAAAAAAGAGCUGUGUGGGACAAUAUUAACUUUUUCGACAUAUAAACUAAGACAAUAAAUGUAUAAUUCGUAGACAAUAAAAUUAAAUAAUAUUAUUAUAUAUGAAAAUAUAUGUUUACAAAUUUGAGCAAUCUUGCUAAAUUUUAUUUAGUACUAUAUAUAUUUGUCGAUGUAAAUUAAAUGUCAAUAAAAACUUUAAAAAACCA